UUCGAAUGUUUCUAUUAUAAAAGAUCUGAAGUGUUAGAGGAAAACAUUAGUCUGCGAUUCGUUGUUCAACUGUUAGUUUCAGAAAAUUUUUCACAUUUUCACAAUGGUUUCUAAGAUUAUCGUCGUCGCUGUUGCGCUUGCUUGUGUCAGUGUAAUCGCUGCCGCACCUCAGCACCACCAUCAUGAGGAAGAACACCACGGUCCAGUCCACUACGAGUUCCACUAUGAUGUCCAUGAUGAUCACACCGGCGAUGUCCAUGGUCGCAAAGAAGCUCGCAAGGAUGACCAAACUCAGGGAGAGUACUAUCUGAUCGAUGCUGACGGCUACAAGCGCACUGUGACUUAUCACGUUGAUGGCAAGAGCGGAUUCAUCGCCCAGGUUCACCGUGAACCCGUCAAGGGACACCAAGCUCCACAGCAGGUGCACAAAAUUGUGGCUGCUCCAGUACAUAAGGUUCUAGCAGUUCCAGUGCAUCAUGGGCAUCAUUACUAGUUAACUGUUAAAA